AUGAUCUUUAAAUCUAAAUUUCCAGAUAUAAAGAUUCCUCAAGUCAGAAUUUAUCAAUAUGUGACUAGUAAUCCAAACAAAAUUCCAGACGAUAAGGUUAUUUACGUGGACGGACUUACUAGUAAAAGUUAUACUUUUGGUGAAUUUAAACGUGAAUCGAAAAAGUUUGCUGCAGGGUUGCAAGAUAAGCUAGGAUUUAAAUGUGGGGAUGUUUUAGCGAUAUUUUCACCUAAUCAG